UUGGUAUAUCAACUGCAAUGGUUGGUUGGAGAAGAAAACUUCAGAUUCCACGAGAAAACUUCCAGAGGAGCCCGUCGACUUUUUCCCGUGAUAAACCUCCUUUUGGUUAUCUACAGAGCAGAAAGAACAGGUCAGCGUGUGAGUGCAUUGGAGAGGAAGCUCUACAUCAGACUGCUCGUUGGUCGGUUGCCAGCAUGAGUCUUGGGCUGCCGUUGAGCUCUGGCUGUGAUGAAAAGUCCGAGACAUCCCUGAUAAUGUUAGUGAAAGAAGAGGAAUAUGGACACGUUAUUAGACGUCAAGAUGACGAGGAAAAGCUCAUUGCAGAUUUUCACUGUAAAACUGAAACGGAGUCACUAAGCACCAGUUACAGUGAAUUACUGCAGACUACAGUUGAGAUGAAGAAAGAAGAGGAUGAGCAAGAACACCAGGACUGUGAUUCUCCUCAGGAAAUGGCUGGACCCUCAGUAGUAUUGCUGCAGCCACCCCCCAAUGUGUUGGUCGGAGGAGAGGAGCCCACUGAUGAGGCCAGUCCAGACGAUGAGGAGACUGUGUCGGCGUUCUCCGGUGAUGUGGCAAAUCCUGCUGGACCACGGCCUGAUCCGCCUGAGCCUGGCCCCUCUCACUCUGCUGGAACUGGGGAUGGGGAGGCUGACCAUGAAGAUGUGCGGACGCUGUACAAGCGGUACUUGCGCGCGAAAAUUACCAAACUCCACUGGAGCUCAGUGAAGCUUCAGUUAGAGGUUCAACUGCUUCAACGGCAGCUGGAUAGUCAGUGUGGUGGUGGGGGCUUGUUUGUGAGCCCCACUGCGGAGGGGAAGAAACUGUUCAGGUGGUGGCGAGGUUUUGGUUUUAAUGGACCGGAGUCUUUUGCCGGAUGGGAGUCUCUGGAAGAGGUGGUGGCCGGGAUGGGAAGGGUCAGCAAUGAUCCUGCCUGCUGUCUUGCUGGUCCUGGAGUGGAACAGGUCUGGGAGAAACGGCAGGUCGCAGCCGAUGGCCGAAUGAUCUGCUGCAGCCUGCCUUUGUCCUCGGCAGUGGAGGCGGCAAACCAGACGGUGAUUGAUGAGGUGGGGAUGGACUCUGAUGGCUGA